CCCAACUUCCAUACUUCCAUACUUCUUCUUCUCCCUUCCAUCCUGCCAGCUAUAACAACCCCACUUCAUUUCCUGUAUUAACCCGCCAUCGCACCCCAUCGUGCCCAACCACGGCUGAACUGUAUACCACUGGACCACCGAUUGGUCGAACCAUACAAUCUUUCUUUCCUUCCCCUUUCCCAAACAACGAAUCGCUCCGUCCCCUCCGCAAGCGUCAUAGACUUCUUUCCUCCCUUCCAUCCUUCUGGCGCUUUUCCUUCCUAGGCAUCUUCCCAAACUUGAAUCUACUACGGUCGUCUCCCGAAGAACGCAACAUCUAUUGCUCGAUUAUCACCUCACCGUUCGUUCCACCAUGUUGUCCGCCGGGGAACGCAUCCAGCCGCCUCGCAGUAAUGCCGCGGCAGUCACAGGCGCCUUGAAUCAGUCGUCUGCCUCCAUGCUCGGAUUGGCCGCGCACAGGGCUCCCACGCAGCACAUCUGGGUCGUCACCGGCCCAGCCGGCUGUGGGAAGAGCACCGUCGGAAAGGGAAUCCAUCAGGAUCUAGGGAUACCGUUCUUAGAGGGUGACGAUUUCCACACCAAAUCCAACAAAGAAAAAAUGAGCUCCGGCACGCCCCUCACAGACGCCGACAGAUGGGACUGGCUCAUCUCGCUCCGCCAAGCAGCCAUCGACGCGCUGUCCCCCUCCGAAUCCAACAACUUCCACCCGCCCGCCGGCGUCGUCGUCGCCUGCUCCGCCCUCAAGCGCAAAUACCGCGACGUCAUGCGCGUCGCCGCCUACGGCGCCCCCAACGUCCAGAUCCACUUCGUGUACCUGCGUCUCGACGAGGAUGCCCUCUUCCGCCGGGUGACCCAGCGCCAGGCCCACUACAUGAAGAGCAGUAUGGUGCAGUCGCAGCUGAAUGAUCUGGAGGAGCCCGAGGGCGAGUGGGAUGCGAUGACCGUUGAUGCGGAUGUUGCGCCGGAGGUGGUGAAGGAGGAGGUGAGGAGCUUGGUGAGGGGGAAGGUGGCGGAGUUUGAGUGACCUUCCUUUCCUCUUCUUCCUCUUCCGCUUCCUCUUUUGUUGUUUUUGUCUUUCUUCGCUUGAUAUCUUGGUCGUGCUUUUUUGGUCUUUGGUCUUUGGUCUUUUGUUUGGAAUUUGGCUUUUUUCUACGGAAUGGGACGAUGGACGGAUGGAUUUGGUUCGGGCGUUUUCAUGGAGUUUUCAGUCACAGCUAGACCCCUGCUGCUGCUGGAUUCGUAUUCCGAUUGUUAUGUCGAUUGAUUGGGCUUGCGCAUGCGUUCAGGCGUUCUAUUCUAGCUUUAUCACGGACUUGCUGGUUCAUUUCAUACAAUCUUUCACACACUAUGACUUCCAUGACAUUAGCUUGAUCUCUAUCCUAUAAUUACGGUCUAAAUGACGUC